CCUAGAAAAAUGAUAUGAUUCCAUUGACUAUGUCCCACAUCUUUCUUCUCUUCUCUGUCUGCUCUUCAAAAAAGGAAGGAAAGAAAAGCUUCUUUUCCCAUUCAUUCUGUCCUUCUUACUUCUGUUCAUCUUUCACAAAACAUCAAACACCAACUUCCACCUCCAUCCAGAUCUUCUCUAAUAUUUAUCACCAAAAUGGGUGAAACUUAAACCUUAAAACCCGACCCAGAUCCGAUUUCAUCUUCUUCCACAACAAUCUUUAGUUCUUUUUCUCCAGAUCCGAAUGGAGAAGAAAAACAUACUCAUACUGGUUAUCACACUGUCCUCUUCUUUUCUGUUAUUUGUUCUCAUUUUCUUGAUUUGGUUGUGUAGAAGAAAAGGGUCUGCAAGAGAUGAAUCAUGGGAUAAAGAAGCGAACCCUGAAUGUAAAGAAAUUGAUGUUGAAGAAGUGGACAUGAAAGGGGAUUUGAUUCGGUUCGAAGGUGGUGAAGAUCUCACUUGUUUUGAUAUUUUAGAUGCUCCUGGUGAAGUGAUUGGGAAAUCAAGUUAUGGGACUUUGUAUAGAGCUAAUUUGUUGAGUGAUUCGGUUUUGUUGUUGAGAUUCUUGAGACCAGCUUGUUGUACUGGAAAGGUACAAGAUGUGAUGCAUGUGGUACAAGUUUUGGGGUCGAUUCGGCAUCCAAAUUUGGUGCCUCUUUCUGGGUUUUAUUCUGGGCCUCGAGGUGAAAAGCUCUUCGUUCAUCCCUUCUACAGAAGAGGAAAUUUGGCUCAGUUUAUCAGAGCAGAUGAGAAUGAUGAAUCUCACAAAUGGGAAGUCAUUUUAAAAAUAUCAAUCGGCAUUGCUAGAGGUUUGGAUUAUCUCCACACGGGAUUUCAGAAGCCAAUCAUCCAUGGAAAUCUCAAAUCAAAAAACAUAUUAUUGGGCAAAAAUCAUCACCCAUUCAUAUCCGAUUUUGGGAUUCAUCUCCUCUUGAAUCCAACCGCAUCACAAGAAAUGCUUGAAGAUGCUGCUGUUGAGGGCUAUAAAGCACCCGAAUUGACUAAAAUGAAAGAUUCAAGUACACAAAGUGAUAUUCAUAACCUUGGGGUGAUUUUACUUGAAUUAGUAACGGGAAAGGAACCGAUUAAUGGGAAAGCAAACCCCGAUCAAGAUUUUUAUUUGCCAAACUCAAUAAGAAAUGCAAUGAUGGAUCGAAGGAUGUCAGAUAUAUGUCUUAAAGGAUUAAGUCAUGUUAAGGAAGAUGUAAUUCUCAAAUUUGUUGAUCUGGCAUUGGUCUGCUGCUCUGUCGGGCCUACUGAAAGGCCCGACAGUAAGCAAAUAUGUAAGAAGCUAGAAGAAAUUGGAGCAAAAUCUUGAAGAUAAUUUUUUUUUUGGGCAUAUAUAGUAAAGUUUUGACAUGUUGAAGGUUGAAAUGUGGCUAACCAAUAUUGGUGGUGGUGCUUUGGGAGUUGUACUAAGAUGCAUUAUGAUGAUGACCAAACACAUCUUAAUUGAAAUGGGUCAAACCUGUUCUUGGAAAAAGGUCAAAGUCAGAGCCUUUAUUGGUGGUUGACCCAUCUUGUUGGGUGGAGGUGGUGUUAUUCGUUCACCAAGAAAAGCAAACGUCGAUUUGUGUGAAUUAUUGAGAAUAUUCAAAGGGAUUAAAUUGUUUUGUAGAUUCGGUAUACAACUGUUAGAUAUGACAAAUCAAGUAUUCCAUUUAUUAUAAUCUAUAUCUCUAUCACACACUUCACACUCAAA